AUGGUGGAACGGAUGCACAGACAACUUAAGGCAGCCAUAAUAUGCCAUGGAAGUCUUAAAUGGACAGAAAGCUUACCUCUAGUACUACUAGGAAUGAGAAGCGCCUUCAAAGAGGACAUACAAGCAUCACCCGCUGAACUCCUCUACGGCGAACCCCUCAGACUUCCCGGAGAGUUUCUGCAACCAACCGACCAGCAUACGACCAGUGACCUCAUCGAAUACUCAGCACGACUGCGUUCUAUUAUGAACAAUAUCCGCCCUCAGCCAGCCGCAAGACACAGCAAACGUAACAUCUUCGUGUACCGAGAUUUACCUUCUGCUACUCACGUUUACGUCCGAGAUGACACCGUGAGAGGAUCCCUUCAGCCGGCAUACACUGGGCCAUACUUAGUCCUGCAACGAGACACUAAAGUCUUUAAGCUACUUGUUAAAGGAAAAGAACAGACAGUAUCGAUAGAGAGGUUAAAACCAGCCUAUAUAUUUACACCAGAUACUCAUUCAGAGACUCGUUCGUUUGAAGAUGAAAUUCCAAACCCUGUAAGCAUAGAUAAAGAAGUAAGAAUUACUCGCUCAGGAAGAAGAGUGAGAUUCCCUGACUAUUAUCGCCCAUCCUAG